UGUGCCUUGCCACCUGUUGGGCAGCUAUCUUCUCUGAAUGAACUCGUUAUUGACGGGUUGGAUGGAGUUGUUACAGUGGGACCGGAGUUUUAUGGAAAUAAUUCUUCUACAAUGAAGCCAUUUGGUAUGUUGAAGUCUCUAAGGUUGAAGAAUAUGCGGAAUUGGAAGAAAUGGUUUCCUUUUGGUGAUGAAAAUGAAGGUGGAUCUUUUCCUCGACUUGAAAAGUUAUAUAUUGUGACGUGCCCCAAGCUGAGAGGAAGGUUGCCUGUACAUCUUCAUUCGUUAGCCAAACUUGAGAUCAGUGGUUGUCAACGUCUUGAGGGUUCGCUCCUCAUAGACUCUUUCUCCGUACUUACCCAUAUAAAAAUACUUGGAUGCGGUAAGUUAGAAUCUCUUACACUUGCAGAACAAUAUGAGCAUGAUGGAAUAACAAACUUCAAUAUAAGUUGUCUUCGAGAAUUAAUAAUCAGUGGGUGUUCCUCGCUCAUGUCCAUUCCCAUGGUAGUUUUAAUCUCAACAUUGAAAACACUUGAGAUCGACAAUUGUAAGAAGUUGGAGCUCCCCAUGCACUGACAAUAUUCAUCCCUUGAAGAUCAAUUGUAUUUGACAGAUUGUUGUGAUUCCCUGACGUCCUUUCGAUUAGACCUAUUUCCAAAUUUGAAGAAGCUUAUAAUCAAUGGGUGCAUGAAUUUGCAAUCUUUGGAACAACAUGGAGGUGAUUUAGUGAUAUCGGAAAUAGAAAUACGGAGAUGUCCUAAUUUUGUAUCUUUUCCAAAAGGAGGAUUGCGUGCCCCUAACCUUGCAGACUUUAUCCUCGAUGAUUGUGAGAGCUUGAGGUCAAUGCCGGAUAAGAUGCACCUAUUCCUUCCGUCUCUUCAUUUUUUGGAAUUAAGAGAUUGUCCAGAAGUUGAGUCGUUUCCAGAAGGGGGGUUGCCUUCCAAUCUAAAGGAAAUUAUGAUCUGUAGGUGUAAGAAACUCAUUGCAAACUGGAAGGGAUGGGGUUUGCAAAUACUCUCCUCUCUUGCAUGGUUGAAUAUCGUCGGCGAAUCAGAAAAUGUGGAAUCCUUUCCUGGGGAGUUGUUGUUGCCCCCCACUCUGACCAGUCUUAAGAUCCAUUCAUUUGAAAAAUUGAAAUCCUUUCCUGGGGAGUUGUUGCUCCCCAAUCUGACCAGUCUUAAGAUCGAUUCAUUUGAAAAUUUGAAAUCUUUGGACAAGGAGGGGUUUCAAUAUCUUACCUCCCUUGUACAAUUGGAGAUCCGUAAAUGUCCAAAGCUCAAGUACAUGCCAGAAGAGGGGUUCCCUGCCUCCCUUUGUUUUUUACAGAUAGAGAACUGUCAUCAUUUGCUGGAGAAAGAGCUGGCAAGGCAAGAAGGAAAAGAAUGGCUCAAGGUGGCUCGCGUCCCCAACAUAAUGAUUGGUCGCAAUCACAUUCAAGGAUAUGAAUUUCCAGGAGAAUUUGAUUGACAGGGAGAUCACUAUUAACAAGUUCUACUGCGGAUCAUUGACAGCUUUCAGAAUGUGGAGGAUGAUCACUAUUAACAAGUUCUGGGUACAACUUUUUUUUCAUGUUUACUUAAAAUACACACUAAUGAAUUACGUUUACUUUUAAAAAAAACAAAUGCAAUAUAUGAUUUUUCUUGAUCUUGGAAAAA